AUGCCCGCCGCCACCGCCUCAGCCUUCAACCCCCGCCAACGCCUCUCCAUCCUCACAAACUCCACCCUCGGCCGCGACGUCAGCGCAGCCUUCAAAGCCGCUGCCACCCUGCCAUCGCGCUCCUCAAACAUCUACGAGACCCCAGCGCCACCCCCAUCACCCGUCGACUUCUCCUUUCCCUCGACGCCUGCGGAGGGCCGGUCGCCAACGGGGAGUGAGCGGUCGAACUAA